UCUUUAGAACGUGUUAUAAUGCAGAGUUUGUCCGGAAAGUAAUAUAAUCAGUCCUAAAAUUAAAUAAAAUUUAUUGAAAGAGUCGUUACAACUUUUUAAAAACUAUCAAAAUAGGCUUCUUCUGCGUCGAUGUAGUGAUGUCAGCGCGAUUUCCAAGCAUUGAAGGCGUCACGGAAGGUAUUCUACGGAAUGGCCCUGAGAGCCGAGAUACAUGCCGAUUACAUGUCGAUUAGGCAGCAACAUUUAAGUAUUGUUAUACAUAAGUGUCGCUGACUUUGCCUAAAUAUUUUGUAAAAUUUCUUCAAUAUCUGUAGUUAUGGCAGAGGUUCGAGGUUUGGUAUUGGGCACGCUCCAAAGUACAGUCGCGGCGGAAGCCCUAUUACUUUCCGGACAAACCCUGUAUAUGCACGUAUAUUAAUGUGUAAGUAAUUUGUUAUCUCGAGUUCAGCCGAGACUGAAUAACAUUUGAAUCGCUGCUUUCCUCACAGACGCAGAACUCUCAGUCAAGCCAAAGUCAUAGAAAAUGUCGCUUCGUUUUCAAUAUUUGUGCACAAUAUUUGGGCAUAUUCUUUACGCAGUGAAUUGUUGCGUUUCAUUGCAAAUCAAUUCCCAACCUGUGAAUGACAUCCUUCAUGGCGAUGAUUUAUUGAAGAGCGCGGUCAAUAAGGUGGAGCUCUUGAGCCUCAAAUUAGAGAGGUAUAAUCUGCAUAUGCAAAGUGAAUUAAUGGCAAUGAAAGAGCAGCUUCUUCGUGAAAUAAAGGAAAUAAAGAAGAAUCAGGAAUCUGUGCCACCUGCAACCAAGAAACCAGCAUCGUGUACCGAAGCGAUGCGUCAAGAAAACGGGAAAUAUGAAGAGAGUGGCGUUUAUGAACUUUAUCUGCCAGAAUUCCUUCAACACCCUUUCAAUGUUUAUUGUCUUCGUGAUCCUGAUGGCGGUGAACCCUGGUCUAUAAUUCAGCGUCGUCAAAGCAACGACACCGACUUCUAUCGUGGGUGGAUUGAGUAUGAACACGGUUUCGGCGAUUUGAAUGCCAAUUUCUUUCUCGGCUUGGAUAAAAUACAUGCAUUGACUCAUUCGCGAUCUCAUGAGCUUUGGAUUCAAUUGGAGGAUUUUGCAAAUGAGAAAUCUGUUGCUAAGUACGAGAGUUUCGCUAUAGGCAAUGCUCAGGAUAAGUAUGAGUUAAUUGCCCUUGGACAAUAUUCAGGCACGGCCGGUGAUUCGUUCUCUGAUCAUCUCGGAGAAAAAUUCACCACUAAAGAUAGUGAUAACGACAAAUAUAGUGGUAACUGUGCGAUAUAUUCUAAAGGGGCUUGGUGGUAUAAUAGUUGUUAUGACAGCAACCUGAACGGUUUAUAUUUAGGAGGAGAAUAUCCAAAAAGUCAGGAAGGCAGAGGCGUGGAUUGGGAUUCCUGGUAUGGAAAUUACUACUCCCUCAAAUAUGUACAUAUGGCUAUAAGACCAAAGUAUUAUCACUGAGAUGGUGAUUUGAAUUGAAAACCCUAGCCUGCAUAAAAUGUUAAACAUUACUGACGUUAAAACUAUUGAAACAAACUUAACUUAGCAUAAUGUUUUGUGAAACUUUGCAUAUUCUUUUUAGCAACAAAUAAUACAUUAUUUGAAAAAAGA